AUGGCAACUGAGAAGAAGGAGAAGCUUGACGCGCAGGUCAAAUCUGCCGAUAUGAGCGAGGAAAUGCAGCGACAAGCCGUGGAGGUAGCCGAGGAGGCCAUGUCUAAAUUUCAAGUCGAAAAGGACAUUGCACAAUACAUUAAGAAGGAGUUCGACUCUCGCGCAGGGGCUACAUGGCAUUGCAUCGUUGGAAGGAAUUUUGGAAGCUUCGUCACACACGAAACGAAGCACUUCAUCUACUUUUAUCUUGGACAUUGCGCAAUUCUGCUUUUCAAGACUCAAUGA